CCCAGGUCCGCAGUAACUGUGGUCAGAGAAGUCUGGCCGCGCCGACCCCGCUUCUCUGAGCCAUUUUCGCUGGGAGGACAGGGGUUCGCCGCUCCUGCUGGGGCGGAGAGGCGGGCGCUGCCUCCAGCAUGCUCCGCUCACUGACACGGGUCGCGGCCCCUGUUCUCCGGGCGUCCUGGGUACGGUGGUCUGGGAGCUGGGCGGGGGUCCCGACCCAUGUGGUGGACCUGCGCAGCGACACGGUGACCAGGCCCGGGCCGGCUAUGAGGCGCGCCAUGGCCGAGGCGGUCGUAGGGGAUGAUGACUACGGCGAGGACCCCACCGUCCGCGAGUUGCAGGAGAAGGUUGCAUUGCUGCUCGGGGUGGAGCAGACUCUCUUUGUGCCCACCAACACCAUGGCCAACCUCAUCGCUGUGAUGGGUCACUGCCGGCGCCGGGGCUCCCAGCUCCUUCUUGGGCAGGAGUGCCAUCUCCACGUCUAUGAGCAGGGCGGGGUGGCUCAGAUCGCUGGUGUGCACUCCCAACCCCUCCCAGACCUGCCCCAUGGCACCUUGGACCUGGAUGAGCUGGAGAGGGUAAUCACCCGGAGCCUUGGGAGCCCCUACUACCCAGUCUGCGAGCUCGUGUGCCUGGAGAACACGCACAGCAGCUCAGGAGGCCGGGUCCUCCCUGUUGACUACCUCCAACAGGUGCACUUCCUGGCCCAGGCUCAUGGGGUCCGGGUCCACCUGGAUGGGGCCCGGCUGAUGAAUGCAGCGGUAACUCUACGUGUGUCCCCUGCACGCAUCGUGGAGCACUGCGACUCUGUAUCCUUCUGUUUUUCUAAGGGCCUGGGUGCACCGGUGGGGGCCCUAAUUGGGGGGACCAAGGACUUCAUUGAAGAAGCCUGGCGCCUCCGGAAAGUCCUGGGCGGAGGUAUGCGUCAGGCUGGGGUGCUGGCCGCAGCCGCCCUGGUGGGACUGGCCGAUGCAGAGGAGGUGCUGCUGAGGGAUCACAGCAAUGCCCAGAGGUUUGCCCAAGGGCUCCAGGAACUGUCAUCACCCAUUUGCUCUGUGGAUCCUGCUGCCGUGGAAACCAACAUGGUGCUGGUGAGAGUGGACGGGCUGCCACCUGCAGAACUGUGCCGACGCCUGCAGGCUGUGAGCACUGAGGAGGUGGCCCAGACCGGCCAGGCUGUGAGCGUGCUGCUCUUCCCCUGGACAGAACAGUCUGUGCGUGCUGUGUGGCACCGUGACAUCUCCUCAUGGGACACUGAACUGGCACUGAGGAAGUGGGAGUUCGUGCUGAAGCAGUUGGGGUCCUGAGGACAGGCUGUGAUUGGAGUGGAGUAUUAGUGGCCUGCCAGAAGAAAGGCCAGUGCUUUCUGGGGGAAGAUGGCACCAUCCAGCUUCCAGUUGCUAUGUGUGAUGUCCCUGUGCAAUCAGAAGUGAGCAGGCAUGGGAUGGGACAAGAUAUGACCCAAAACCAAAAGAAAAAAAAUGGACAAAAGAAACAGACCUGGUGUUUGGGUGCUUGUGCUCCCUGGCUGUGGCUGCGUCAUUUUCCGGUAAAGGUGUAUAGUUGGUAGCCAUGGUGUCUGGGCUGGGAUGAACCCCGCUCCCGGUGGGGACAGGAGAGCCGAGCAUGAGCCAUGGCCAGCACAGUGGUUGCAGUUGGACUGAGCGUUGCUGCUGCAGGAUUUGCAGGCCGAUAUGUCUUACAAGCCAUGAAGCAUAUGGAGCCUCAAGUAAAACAAGUUUUUCAAAGUCUACCAAACUCUGCCUUCAGUGGUGGCUAUUACAGAGGUGGGUUUGAACCCAAAAUGACAAAACAAGAAGUGGCAUUAAUACUAGGUAUAAGCCCUACUGCCAAUAAAGGAAAAAUAAGAGAUGCUCAUCAAUGAAUUAUGCUCUUAAGUCAUCCAGACAAAGGAGGAUCUCCUUAUAUAGCAGCCAAAAUCAAUGAAGCUAAAGAUUUACUAGAAGGUCAAGCUAAAAAAUGAAAAAUGUGAUGAAUUUUAAGUUCAU